GGGCGCGGCCCCGGUUCCCAGUGUUCGAGUCCGCGAGGCGCGGGCCACCCCUUGGCCCCCGAGCAGGCGCCCGGCUUGGGUUAGCUCGGAAAGGGUACCGCCGAGUCCGGAGCAGGCAUUUCCCGCCUGCCGCGCCUCGGUUUACCGCUUUGUCGAUUUUCUGCAGGCGGCUGCCCAACCGUAGCGAGGGAUGGGGCGGGAGCCGGCGCGACCCCAGCCCCUGCGGGCUGUGCGGAAAGCCGCUCGAGCGCCGUCCGAGGGCUAGCCGGGGGCCGCCUCCCGGCGGCUGUGUGCGGAGGAGCCCCGCCCCAGGAGGUGCGCCGGUACGGCGCGUUUGGGCCCGGGACGUGGCUGCAAGAGUGUCCGUAGCUGGGGCCUGGGUCCACCCAGGGAUGCAACUGGUCCGGGAUUGUGCGCUCCGGCCCUUCUGGCCGCUGGGCCCUCCUAGAGGGAGGAGUCAAGGAUCUAAGCCCCUCCCUCCAAGCACGGGUUCGACGGGGGGGAGGGGGAGCCCUUAAAAGACCUCGAGUGACUCACAGAGGAGGGGCCACGGGGCUCGAAGAUCUCUGUGAGCCGGCAAUGCCAAGAGUCUCUGAGGAUCGUCCUCGCACCCAUUCCACUGCAUCCUCCAACGGGGACAUCCAGGUUAGGGGCCCUUUCCAGGCAAUGGAGCUGAGGAGGCGAGAUUACCAUGUGGAGCGGCCACUGCUGAACCAAGAACAGCUGGAGGAGCUGGGGAGCCGGAGCUCAGCAACUGGGACCCUCCAGUGGCGAACCUGGUUUCGGUGCUCCCAUGCUCGGGCCCAAGCCCUUCUGCUCCAGUACUUCCCAGUUUUGGCCUGGCUACCCCAGUAUCCUGUGCGUGACUGGCUUCUGGGUGACUUGUUGUCUGGCCUGAGUGUGGCCAUUAUGCAGCUACCACAGGGCCUGGCCUAUGCCCUCCUGGCUGGACUGCCCCCCGUGUUUGGCCUCUACAGCUCCUUCUAUCCUGUCUUUAUCUAUUUCCUGUUCGGCACUUCCCGGCACAUCUCCGUGGGCACCUUUGCUGUCAUGUCCGUGAUGGUGGGCAGUGUGACAGAAUCACUGGCUCCAGAUGAAGCCUUCCUGCAGGCCUCGAACUCCACUGUCGAUGUGGCGGCCAGAGAUGCUGCUCGGGUGCAGGUGGCCUCCACACUCAGUGUCCUUGUUGGCCUUUUCCAGGUGGGGCUGGGCCUGGUCCAUUUUGGCUUCGUGGUCACCUAUCUGUCGGAGCCUCUGGUCCGAGCCUAUACCACAGCCGCGUCUGUGCAGGUCUUCGUCUCGCAGCUCAAGUAUGUGUUUGGCCUCCAUCUGAGCAGCCGCUCUGGGCCACUGUCCCUCAUCUAUACAGUACUGGAGGUCUGCUGGAAGCUGCCCCAGACUGUGGUCGGCACCAUGGUCACCGCAGUUGUGGCAGGGGUGGUGCUCGUGCUGGUGAAGCUGUUGAAUGACAAGCUGCGGCGACAACUGCCCAUGCCGCUCCCCGGGGAGCUGCUCACGCUCAUCGGGGCCACAGGCAUCUCCUACGGCGUGGGACUGCAGCACAGAUUUGGGGUGGAUGUCGUGGGCAAAAUCCCUGCAGGGCUGGUGCCCCCAGUGGCCCCCAGCCCCCAGCUGUUCGCCAGGCUUGUGGGAAAUGCCUUCGCCAUCGCUGUGGUUGGGUUCGCCAUUGCCAUCUCGCUGGGGAAGAUCUUCGCCCUGAGGCAUGGCUACCGGGUGGACAGCAACCAGGAGCUGGUGGCACUUGGCCUCAGUAACCUCAUCGGGGGCAUCUUUCAGUGCUUCCCUGUGAGCUGCUCUAUGUCUCGGAGCCUGGUACAGGAGAGCACCGGGGGCAACACACAGGUGGCUGGAGCCAUCUCCUCCCUCUUCAUCCUCAUUAUCAUCGUCAAACUUGGAGAGCUCUUCCAAGACCUGCCCAAGGCAGUCCUGGCUGCUGCCAUCAUUGUGAACCUGAAGGGCAUGUUGAUGCAGUUCACCGACAUACGCUCCCUCUGGAAGGCAAAUCGAGUAGAUCUGCUCAUCUGGCUGGUGACCUUUGUGGCCACCAUCCUGCUAAACCUGGACCUUGGCCUGGCAGUUGCGGUAGUCUUCUCCCUGCUGCUCGUGGUGGUCCGCACACAGCUGCCCCACUACUCUGUCCUGGGGCAGGUGCCAGACACAGAUAUUUACAGAGACGUGGCAGAGUACUCAGAAGCCAGGGAGGUCCCCGGCGUGAAGGUCUUCCGCUCCUCGGCCACCAUGUACUUUGCCAACGCUGAGCUCUACAGUGACACGCUGAAGCAGAGGUGCGGUGUGAACGUGGACCACCUCAUCUCCCAGAAGAAGAAACUGCUCAGGAAGCAGGAGCUAAAGCUGAAGCGACUUCACAAAGAGAAUAAGCUCCCGAAACAGGCUGCCGCCUCCAAGGGCACUUCCAUUUCCAUCAAUGUCAACACCAGUGUCACAGACAUUGAGAGCAACGAUGUGGAGGGCUCCAAGGCCAAGCAGGUGAGCGCAGAGACUGAGCUAGAGGAUACAGCAGCCAGGGGUCAAGAAGAUGCCAAGGCCCCAGACAUGUCCUCACUGAAGACCCUGGGCCUGCCUCAGCCAGAUUUCCACAGCCUCAUCCUGGACCUGAGCUCCCUUUCCUUCGUGGACACUGUGUGUCUCAAGAGCCUGAAGAAUCUCCCGUGGUCACGCAGCUUGAGGUGGGACACUUCUUCGAUGCAUCUAUCACCAAGCAGCAUCUCUUUGCCUCUGUUCACGAUGCUGUCAUCUUUGCACUCCAACACCCGAGGUCCAGCCCUGUCAACCCUGUUUUGGUUACCAAACUCUGACCGUGCUGCCACCCUGCCUGAGACUGCCCACCUCUGGAGGUUGCGACAGGGUACCCGUGAGGACCCCCUACCCCUGGGCUGCCUCCAGAUGUCACCCAGGAGUCCCCUCCGUACGCACGCACAUAACUCAGGGAUGGAGGUCCUGGGACUCCAAGUUCAGUGCUCUAGGCCUGGGAUAAGGCACUGGCCAAGUUGGAGGAGCAUGCAUGUUUUUAGCCUCAGGAAUAAAGAUUUGUUUGCCCAAUGCCAGGCUCUGCUGUGGCUUGGUGGGGGCUUGGCAGGGGCAAGGGUAUAAUCCACAGCCCUGGCUCCUGACCCUUCUUAUGCCCCAAAGUGGGAAUUGGGGUCGGAAGU